GUUUUCAUCGUCUUCCUAGAAAUUUCCUAGUGACCUUCGUUGUGGUUGCAUACCUUGUAACGAUUUCAUCAAUAUUGGCUAACGUUUUGUACGUGUCUAGCUAUGUCAUUCAUAUCCUUCAUUUCUCUUUGUAUAUAUAAAUACAUGUAUGUCUAUCUAAUCUAAACACAAGUCAUAACAACUUGAAAAAAAUACCAUACAUUAUAAUCUUCCUAGCAUUCUCAUAGAUGUUUUGUGUCACCAUGGCUUCUCUAAGCACAUCCGACGUCCAACAAAUGUUCAACUCCCUCGACCAAAACAAAGACGGCUUGUUAAGCCUAGACGAGCUUGUUUGGCUACUAGAUAAGACCGGUGUACACGUUAGUGAAGACGAGCUUGCCUAUUUGGUGGGUAAGGAAGGUUUGGACUUUGAUGAGUUUUCUUACUUUUAUGACAUGAUAUUGUUGGGCAAUAAUAAUGUUGGAAAUGAGAAGAAUGAUGAAGUGAAGGAAGAAGAAAUGGAUAAAGAUUUGUUUAAGGCAUUUAAGGUGUUUGAUUUGAAUGGUGAUGGACUUAUUUCUCCUCAAGAGCUUCAAAGUGUGCUUUGGAAAUUGGGAAUGUGGGAUAAUUUAGAUUGUGAUAGAAUUAUGAGUAAAUAUGAUGUUAAUAGUGAUGGUUUUGUAGAUUUUAGUGAGUUUAAAUCAAUGAUGCUUGCACAUUGAACUUGUGUAACAAUAAUAAUAUGGGCUUAAAAUGAAAUCCAUUUCAUAUCAUUGUUUGGUAUGAAUUUGUGAUUUGUUAUCAUUGAA